ACAAAGAAAUAAAUUAGACCAAAAGCUAGUGGAAGAAGAGAUAGUUAAAAGGAUGGAGGAGUAUAAUAAGAGUUUGGAGAUGUUAGUUCUGUUGAAACAAUGUGAAGUUCACAAGGUCAAAUUUCACAUACAAGUUCAAGCUGGAAAUUCACGAAAGGUGGUUGCUGUUAUAGCAAUCAAAAGGUUGGAACCCACUUGGAUCAUUCUAGAUAGGGAAAUGAAAAAAGAGAAGAAGUACUUUAUGGAGAAGCUAUCAUGUGGAAUAUCAAAAUUGAAAAGUGACAACUCCAUAGAAGACGUGAGAGGACCGUUAAAAUUAAUGGAGAACACUAAGGUCUCCCUUACUCGAAAUACAUUUUCGUAUGAUGAAAUGAUACCGGGAGAGGAUGAUUCAUCAGAAGAACGUCCUUCUUCGCAGCAAAACUCGAAAGCUGUUUCUCGUACGAGAACCUCAUGCAAAGAACAGGCAAGCAGUAUACCAGGAAAGCUCUAUUCAGAUUUUUGUGAAAACAAAGUAAAAACAACAACAGGAAACUCACCUUCCCACGUCUCCGAUGACCAAAACCAAAAGCAUGAACAUAUCAAGGACAAUGAAAGAGAGGAGAUAUUCGAUGAUCAAUAUUUGUAUGGCGUAAUAUCCGAGAAAUCUGAAUGUUCCUUUUGUGGGAACAGAAGGCCGAAAAUGAGACUGCAUAAGGACUUCAGUUAUAAGGAACUUGAAGAAGCAACAAAAGGAUUUUCCAAUGAGAAUUUUCUAUCAGAAGGCGGAUUUGGUUCUGUUUAUAAAGGGUAUUUAAAGAAUGGACUAAGAGUUGCUGUGAAGCAGCAUAAUGAUAUGAGCCUUCAAGGAGAUAAAGAAUUCAAGUCCGAAGUUGAGGUUCUAAGCAAAGCUAGGCAUCCAAAUUUGGUCAUGUUGUUAGGGUCUUGCUCUGAAGGUAGCCAAAAGUUGCUUGUCUAUGAGUAUGUUUGCUAUGGUUCUCUAGACAAAUUCUUAUCAGGGGAUAUAAGAAUGUCUCUCAGUUGGGAGAAGAGGCUAAAAAUAGCUUUGGGUGCUGCCAGAGGCUUAGAAUAUCUUCAUAAACACAACAUCAUUCACAGAGAUAUUAGACCUAACAACAUCCUCAUCACACAUGAUCAUGAAUCGCUGUUAGGAGAUUUUGGACUUGCAAAAGCGGCGUAUGAUGAAUCACAACAUUCUUCUGGUAACAACGUGGUUGGUACUUUUGGAUAUAUGGCACCAGAAUAUGCAGCAAGUGGAAAGUUCUCGACUAAAACAGAUGUUUAUGCUUUUGGGGUUGUUCUGCUGCAGCUUAUCACUGGACUCAAGAACACAGACAACUGUCUUGAAGAUAGAAGUCUUGUUGAAUGGGCAAUACCUCUUCUGGAGCAAAAGAAUUAUCCGCGUCUAAUUGAUAAAAGUAUUGUCGAUUCCCAUGAUUUCCAUCAGCUAUUUUGGAUGGUUGAGUUAGCAGCAAAAUGUCUCGAAAAGGAUCCUGAUAAGAGGAAUUCCAUGGAAUGGGUGGUUAAGAUUUUGAGUGAUAUAAUGGAAGGAAAUGCUGAUACUUCUAUAGACUUCAACACCAAAAGCAAUAAUGAAGAUGAUAAAAUUCUUGGAACAGUAACAACUUCUUCUUCAUUUUCAACAGACAGAACAUGUUCAUCAAAAAGGUGGAGUCCUUCAUCAUCCAAUAGUACUCAUGAAGAAUGUCAAAGUAGGAAGAUCCCUCUCAAACAUAAAGGGGCAACUCCAAACAAAAGCAAACUACUUUAUAAAGAGAUGAUUCAUUGAGUAGUUCGUUUUAAUUAAAGGCGGA